AAACUCGCUGAGAAGUUCGUUCGCGAUGAAGCGAAUCCUGGAAUUGUUCGUCCUCGCGACGAUCCUGGUCGUAUGUUCGGCUAACUGCCGAUCAAACUUACAUGGAUAUCAAAAUUAUUACCAGUGUGAAAACAUCACGAAUCUGCAGAUACUCUCGGUGAUACCCGAAGGAGUAAUAGGCAUCGAUAUUAAAAACUCGAACAUCAAGAAAAUACCGACAGACGCAUUCUUGAUGCAUGCCGAUUCUCUGGAGGAACUUAAUAUCACCGGUUGCGGCGUGGAGGAGAUCGAGCCUAACGCGUUUCGGGGUCUCAAACUACGCGUGCUGGGUUUGGUAGACAACAGAAUUCGUAAACUAGACUCAUCGUGGAUUCAGGAUUUGACAAACCUCGAGGCGCUCAUCGUGUGGCGCAAUCGAAUCGCCGAAGUUGACGCGCAAUUAUACGAUUUGUUGCCGAAUCUAAAGCUCUGGGAUAUCGCGCACAACGAGAUGAACGCUUGUUUACCUACGGAAUUGCUGAAGAAGCUAACGAAACUGAGAAGGAUCUAUCUCGCCAGCAAUCCAUGGUCGUACCGAUGUCGCCGCACGAUGACGUGGUACUUGGGUAGCAAUCACAUCCGUUUUGUCCAAGAUUGGGGUAGCAGCGAUAUGCUAAUUGAAGAAUGUCUUGCCCAUGAGCCGAACGCCGACGUCGACGACAAUGUUUUAUCCAAAUGCGUUGAUCGCAAGAUCGGCUCUACCGAGACGCUGCAAACUGUGUCUGGAUUGAGUGAACAGAUCCGAGAACUCUCAAGAAAAGUCACUGAAUUGGAAAUCGAAGUCGCCGCUUUGAAGAAAAACCGGAUAUUAAUUCGUUAAAGCUCGGAAUCUCUUUACCUAUUUAUGAAAUUGCGUUAAUAUAUAAUGCGUCAAUAUAAUAAAUUUCAGCAGAACGUAUAACAUCGACACGUAAUAAUUCAGUACUUUUUAAAUUAAAAUUAAAUAUCGUUGCCCGAUUGCAAUUGUAGCUGGAAAUAAUACUCCAAAUACAAUGAGCUUUGAUAAAUUGAUAAGACCACUUAUUUUCAAAUGGGAUGUGCGACUUUGAAAUUACAUGACUUUACAACGAGAUACAAACGAUUGAGUGUAAAACGUAGAAAAACUUUCAAAAUUGAAAAUAUCAAAUAAACGUUCAAAAUAAACGCUUCCAAAUUCUCACGUAAGAGGCAAUCGGUGAUGCGAUUAUUCGCGCACAAAAUGAUUGAAAUAUUAUACAGCGAUGCGCUCUGUAAUAAGAACAUCUACUUUGAUAUUCAAUCGCAUCGCAUCAUCCCCCGUAUCAUCGAUAUGAACGGUAUAUCGAAUUUCAA